AUGUCCAAUUCAUACGUUGAUACGUUACCUGUUGAAAUUCUUUAUCGCAUAUUUGAUUAUCUUGAUAUUCAAUUUAUUGUUUUAUCACUUCGUUAUGUUUGUAAACGUUUCUAUUUAAUAUCUAAUUCAUAUAAUCGAUAUAAUUUUAAUUUUAAAUCAAUAGCUAAACCAUAUUUUCAUUUUAUUUGUCAACUUAUACCAUUUGAAAAUGUUAUUUCACUUACAUUAUCCGAUGAAGAUGAAACACGAGGUCAAAUUCAAUUAUUUCUUUCAUUAUAUCAUAUUGAAAAAUUUAUUCGACUUCAAUCAUUAACUCUUCUUCAAAUUAGUGAAGUUCAUUUAAAUAUAUUUUCAAAUUAUAUUAUUACGUCUUCAUUAAAAAGUCUUUCAAUUACUACACAAAUAGUACAUGCUCAUGAAAAUGCAACACCAUCUCUUCUAUCAUCAGCUAUAGCUCAUCAUACUGUGAAAAAUCUUCAUUUGAGUAUAUGGACUAAAGAUUGGAUUGAUAUUAAAUGGCCUAUUAAUUGUACAUUGCACUAUAUCCGAAUUGCUAACAGUAUAACACUAAAACAAUUUUGUAUUAUUCUUCAAAAUUCUCCUAAUUUACGAACUCUUGUUUUAAAAGAAAUUGGUAUAGAUGAUCAUGAAGCAAGCAUACAUACGAAACCGUUUCGGCAAUUGACAUCACUAACAUUCGAAAAUGGACUUAUAGAAACUAAUAUACUUGAACAAUGUCUUUCAUUAACACCUUUAUUAACUUAUCUAAAAUUAACUGGUACUGGAUCUUUAUUUAGUUCAUCAUUUGAUGGUUUUCAAUUAGAAAAAUUAAUUCGAAAAAUUAAUUCAUUAAAAAAAUUCGAAUUGUUUCUUCAUAUUUUAACUUAUUAUGAUUAUCGUUCUCGUAAUGUUGAACUUCUUAUGAAGUCAUUUCGAACAUCAUUUUGGCUUGAUAAUAUGAAUUGUUUUAUUACUUGUGAUUAUAUUAUUAAUUCACAUAAACUAAUGUUAUAUACUCUACCAAUAUGUACUACUCGUUUUAUGUAUCAAACUGAUUUGAAAAAAAUUUCUUCAUCAAAUUUUACAACACGAAGCAAUGAAAAUGAUAUGGAUAAUGUAGAAAAAUUACAAUUACAAUUAACUAAAGAUUUGAAUAUUCUAUCAAAAGAAGAGAACGAAUUAUUAACUCAUGUCUUUUUUCGUAACGUUACAAAUCUUACAAUUGACAAUACUAGUGAAUGGCCACAAAGUUCAUUACAAUUUCUUUCAACUAUUCUUGAUCUUACACGUAUUACAAGAUUAUCUUUAUCAGUUAAUUUUAUCCCUGAACAUAUGUUAAAUACAGUUGCAAAUAUAAAACUAUUACUUAGUAAAACAUCAAAUCUUCAUUCAUUAUUAUUAUUUGAUUAUUGGACACCAGACAAUUGUAUGAAACGUAUGAAAACAAUUUGUUCAAUAAUAUCAUCAAAUAUAAAACAUUUAAAAAUUCGUGUCAAAGAUAUCGAUGAUAUUAAAUAUAUUCUUGAACAUACUGAACACUUAACAAGUGUUACAUUUGAAUAUGCACAAAUAUUAACAAUUAAUCGUCAAGAAUUUAUUCAAUCUUUAACAUGUGUAAAAAGAUAUUGUUCGUUAUGGGAUAGUCAAUAUGCAUUACAUGUGUGGCUUGGAAAUAAGAAAUAA